CUCUGCUCACCGUUCCUUGAGAUUUGAUGAUUACCUACCUACCAGACUCAUCACCAGUCAUGAGCGUUCCAAUUACUCGGCUGCCUAAUACACAUUGUCCUCGGAAGAGUCAACAUAACAAGCAGCAGCAGCAGAUCCUCCAACGGCGCAAACGGGCGCAGGUCGCCCGAGCGUGCGGCAAUUGCCGUGUCCGCCGGAUCCGAUGCGACAACCAAACCCCAUGCUCCAACUGUGCCCUAAGUCGGACGGUCUGCAGCAACAGCAGCGCCCCCGUCGCGCUCACCCUGUCACAGGCCAACCAGGAGAUCGCCUUGCUCAAGCAGAAAGUCCAAGAGCUUGAAUCCAAACUCGAAGGCUGCACUUGCCGCAAUGGAGACCACCUUACAUCUGACUUAACCUUGCGCAAGCCGCCUGUCGAGAUCCAGGUUGAACCAAGAAGUGAACCUCAUCAAAAUGCUACCCCGCAUCUCCCCUGGGGAGGGAUCCAUUUCCGACCUGCCCGCUCGUCCAACAGUCUAUGGCUGGGCCCGUCAUCACUGUACUCGUACAUUCAGCGGAUCAGUGGCUUUCUAAGCCUUCAGUUGGACCAGGAGCAGCCCGCGCACCAGCUGCUUCCCAUCUCCGCCAGUGAUAACAAGCUCCUCGACCGACCCACCAUCGACUCAACCAAAAGCCUAAACCCGCCUCUAUCCCCAACAACCUCUGUUUAUCUGACUCCCCUGCAGGAGGACUUUUUCAUCAACCACUUCUGGCAGACCUACCACGUUUCCCUCUUCCCCAUCAUAAACGAGGCGCAAUUCAAGCAACACUACGCCAGCCUAUGGACGGCAGGCGGUAAGGAACGGCGACCGUCGGCACUGGUCGACAUUGUGGUGGCGAUGUGCAUGCAGUACCACAUCUCCACCCUGCCGGCAGAUUCACAGAGCGGGCUGCUGGACGGCCAGGAUGCCCUCGUGGCCGGCCGAUGGCACUAUUGGCGGGGCCAGACACUGCUCGCCUACGAGCUCGAAAGUCCCUCCAUCGCCACGCUGCAAUGCCACCUACUCUGCGCCGUCUACCUUUGCGGGGGUUCCUUCCACAACAUGAUGGACAGCACGGUGAGUCUCGCCGUGCGCACCGCGUACAUCUUGGGUUUACACGUGGACCCGCCGGCGAGUCUGCCGGAGUCCGACCGCGAGCUGCGGCGGCGGCUGUGGUGGGCCGUCUAUGUAAUGGACAGCCGAGCGGGGAUGAAGCUCGGGCGCCCGUUCAUGCUCCCCGACCGCUCCCGCCAGGCCAUGCCGCAGCUCCCAAGCGACACCCUCGCUACCGCGGCCAGUUCCGGCUCGGCCUUUGUGCCCAUCGGCGAGGACACGACCUGGUUGAGCUUCCACCGGUACCAGACGACGCUUUACAUGACCAUCCGCGACGCCUACAACGCGCUGUUCACCGCUGAUCUCCAUCUCGACGAAGGCCAGACCAUCUGGGAUGACCCAGCUGCGCUAGAGACCGGCGCCGAGAUCCUGGCGCAACAUACCACGCGCACCACCCAGUGGGCGGAGAGCGUUCCGCGCGCCCUGCGGCUGCAACGCGAGGGUACGGGAUCGGACCGAGCCUUCGCGACCGGCGACACGCGCCUGGUCUUCGAGCCGUUCACCCCACCGUGGCUGCAGCGGCAGUGCGUGCUACUUGAGCUCACCUACCACCACCAAUGCACCAACCUGUACCGGCCCGCCAUCUCCUUCCAAUGCUCCCCGCCACCGGGCGGUCACGCCGAAACGCUAGCCCGGCGCUGCGCCGCCCACGCCAUCGCCGUCUCCCAGCUCCUCCACCAGGUAAUGGACGAGACCUCUCUGGUCAACGGGUGGCACGACGCGUUCUACAUGCAGUGGAACGCGGGCAUGACCCUGCUGGGGUUCCUGAUGGUCUACCCUCACGGUCCAAUUGCGCCCGAAGCGCGGGCCGCGAUCGGGCAGGCGGUCGCCGUCUUCGAGCGCUUCCGCGCCGGGUUCCCCGUCGCCGGCCACGCGAGCAAGAUUCUGCUGGGCCUGUCGGGCCAGGCGGAUCUUGUUGCUCGAUUGAGUGAGGGAGGCCAGGAACCGGAAGAGGAGCGGGAGCGGGAGCGGGACUCCGGGGACGGUGAUCUGCGCUUGCCCUCCACCUUCGAUGCUUGGGACUUGCCGCAGGACUUAAAUGCAGAUCUGCUGAAUUUGGCUGGGGACGUGGAUUUCUGGAAUCAGGUCGAUCUGCUGUGGCCGCAGGCGCCGGACUUGCUGGACUUGGCUUCGUGUUAGAGGGUAAAGGGCGGAGUUGGCUACCAAAUACUGGUGCGUCGAGCUUACCAUGCUGCACAUCAUAUAUUUGAAUGUUCUUAUUUUGCAGGUUUUCGCACAUCCUGAAGAGACUGUUAGUCCGACA